CGCGCUGCUCCCGGGUCCGUCCUGGUCCGUCCCGUCGGUGCCGAUGGAGGCGCGAGGCGCGGGCUCGUGGCUGCUGCUGGCGGCGGUGCUGUGCGCGGCGGCGGAGCCGCGGUGCCCGUCGUGCGCCGCGGGCGCGGAACGGCGGCUACUGGAGGAGGUGGCCAAGCGGCAGCUGCUGGAGAAGCUGCGGCUCCGCGAGCGGCCGCGGGUCGCCCAUGCCGUGCCCCGCGCCGCCGUGGCCCGCGCCCUGCGGCGGCUGCAGGCGGCCGGCACCCGCCGCGGCCCCGACGACGACGAGCAGGGCUACGAGAUCAUUAGCUUUGCGGAGCCAGAGCCUGUGUCUCCCUCUGGCACGGGGCUGCGGUUCCAGUUCAGCCGUACUCAGGACCAGGACAUUCACAUCCUGCAGGCCCAGCUCUGGCUCUACCUUCGAGUUCCCCGAGACCUGGCAGCCAACCUCACCCUGAGCAUCUUUCUUGCUGGCGGGGAGGGCAACUUGGCCAGGGGCAAUCGCACACUGCUGAGCGAGAGGCGACUGAGCGCCAAGGGCAGUGGCUGGCGUGCCUUCUCCCUCAUGCCUGCCCUGCAGAGCUUCUUUGGGGGAGAGCACAGGACCCUGCGGUUGGAGCUGGAAAGCCUCGGGGACAGGGGCGAGAGCGUGGCUGUGGUCAAUGCCAGCCGGUCCCACCAGCCUUUCCUCGUGGCCGAGGCAAAGGUGCAGGAGCCGGGACACCACGUGGCCAAGCGCAGCCUCCGCUGCAGCCAGAACUCCAACCUCUGCUGCCGCAAGGACUACUACGUGGAUUUCCGUGACAUCGGCUGGAAUGACUGGAUUAUUAAGCCUGAGGGCUAUCAGAUAAACUACUGUGUGGGCCAGUGCCCUCUGCAUGUGGCUGGCAGCCCUGGGAUGGCCUCUUCCUUCCAUACAGCUGUCUUCAACCUCGUCAAAGCUAACAACAUCCAAGCAUCGGGGCACUCUUGCUGCGUGCCCACGCGGCGCCGGCCGCUUUCUGUCCUCUACUUUGACCGCAACAGCAAUAUUGUCAAGACUGACAUCCCUGACAUGAUUGUUGAUGCCUGUGGCUGUAGCUAGGGGUGGGUGAGCAGUGUUGGGACCCCUCUGCCUCUUCCAGGACUGGCUUUCUGGGCACCGGGGGUUGGGGGAAGUGUCUCCCUUGGGCUGGAGUCAGACUGUGGUGUGAUGGGCCCAUUUGGGAAGCUUGUGGGGGGGUCUCAUUUUGGGGAGCAGUGUUUUUUUUGUGGAGAGCACCCCAGGGCAGGGGGCUGUGGGGCCAUGUGGGAUAGAGCAAGGCCAUGUUGCACUGCCUGGGUCUGAGCUGUGGGUGGUCGGUGACUCUGGACAUCUCUGCCCCGAUGGCUGCGUUCCUGGGGUGUGGAGCUGACCCCACACUUCUGGGGGAUGCAUCCCCCUCUGUGCAUGAACCAGAGCUUGGGGGUGGGGGGGGGCCCUGCCUUGUUCAGGGUGUCUGGUGGCAGCUUGAGACCCAGCCUCCUUGGGAGCAAAGUGGAUUGGGGAAUAGGGU